UCUGCCAGUCGCUUCUCAGCAUUCUUCGCCUCUGGUUCGAAAUUCUCAGGCCGUUCAGAAAAGAAAAGCAUAAAGACCCUACCGAAUAAAGACCGUCGAACAGAGGAAGCGGGGGGCCAUCGAACAGAAGACGGAAAAACAGAAAAUAACAAACAUCCAUUUCUAUAUACCCAACAUCGACAUCGAGAUUCCACGUCGAGAUCGAGAUCGAAGAUGUGUAUAUGAACGCAGUUCCUGCUCGUAGACCGGUCGUCCGUAGUAGUAGCAUCGUUGUGUUCCACAAUUCCAAAGUUCAGUGAGUGGGCAAAAAAGGAAUCCGAGGGUGGUGGUGUCUCCGAAUCCGAAUCCUAAUCCGAAACCAAAACAAAACCAAAUCCUUUAUUACGAAUCCUGCGCGAAGGAGAGAGAAUCGAUCCAAGAUUUGUUGUAAUGGUGCACAGGCGCUGGAUUUUCUGUGAGAGCGGCGAGGAUCCAAACUUCAGGAAGGAGCACUACGAGUAUACCCAAAGCCAGCACCGAUAAUUCCAAUCCAAGACGAAAUUCCCCCCAAAGAAGUCCAUUCAACUUGCUGCAAUUAUUUGUGCCAACGAUCUCGAGAUCUCAUUUGCAACCGCAAAAUAAUCACAACAUAACAAAACAAAACAAAAAUAAAUUUUAAAACAAAAAAUCCCCCCACGAAAAACAAUUGAAACGCGUGCAUAAUUGCUAAUAUAAAACAAAAGAAGGAAAAACAGAAUUUCAGUGCUUUUUGUUUGUUUUUUUUUUUUUAUUGUUUGGCUUUUUGUGCUCCUCAAAUGUGAGGAAGAGAAUUCAAUCGAAGAAUUGCAAAAACGAAACGAGCAAAAGAGUGCGUGAGAUAGAGAGCAGAAAGAGAGAGGAAGAUCCACGGCGGCCAAAAAGCAUUUUCGAAAAAACAAAAUCGAGAGGAGUGAAUAGAACGAAUAUCGAAAUGCGCGCCGUUUACGACUUGUUGCUGAGCAACGCCUUUGAUCCCAGAAUGGUACUACAAAACCACAACACUGUGGUGGCCCGUUCCACCUUGACGCCGAACAGCAGCAGCCAGAACUUUGGCUCCCAACAUCCAGCUGGAACGCCCAAUGGAUCCGGAACCGGACGUAGUCCCCUGAACGCCGGACCCAGCACCCAACGUCCCAUUAUCGACCUGUUGGUGGCCAUGGUGGCCGUGCCGGUGCUUAUCCUCUGCGCCCUGCAGUUGGAGAAGAAUCUGCGGGACAAUAGCGUGGAGUCUCGCUGGUUGGUUUUCGCCCUGGGCAUCGGGAUGCUGGUGAUCAGCGUGAUCAUCUGCGGUUAUGUCACGCACCGCAUGGGCGUCUGCAUUUGGGCGGGACCCAUCGACGAGGCGGGAAACAGGGCCACCAAUGGAGCCAUGCCACAUAUCAACUCCCAGAACGAUGUGCUGCGCAUUGUCGACUCACUGCCGCCAAGUUACGAAAGCGUGGUCAAGUUCGAGCUACCGCCGCCGACCUACGAAUGCCUGGUCAUCAGCUGGGGUCGGUCGAAGGAUCUGGAGCCGGCACAGACCUCAGCCAAGCGAGGAGCUGGUGGAUCCAACUCCCCGCCCGGGUCCACCCUGCACAUCUAGGGUGGAAGUGGUGGCGAGGGAGGGAGUUGAAUGGAACUAAUGGAGCAGUAGAUGGAGGAGAGAGAAUUAAGAGAUUUUUUCCCAACUGGCAGCGCAACGGAUUUCUGUACUUGACCCACUUAAAAUAACCAUAUGCAAAAAAAACUGUAACAACGACAUCGAUAAGUGGUGUUCUGGAAACUCUGGUGUUUUCGAAAGUUCCCAGAGCAUUUAGCUGAAUACCGCCAUAUAUCCGUAUGUCUUAUUAUAAAUUGUAAGCUAACUAUUAGCUUGUCAUAGCAUAAUGGCAUUGUAUUUACUUUGAUUUUAAGCAGAUAGUAUUUUAACUCGCAGAGCCUAUCAAAAACGAUAUCGAUUCUCUCGCAGUGUACAUAGAGUUUUUUUUUUUUGAAACGCACAGCAUCUAGUCCAAAGUUGUAUAUAGCCGAAAAAGAAAUAACGGAACCACACAUGAUGCGCUCAUAUCAGUUUUAAACACAUAUAUUGUAUAUUAUUGAAUUAAUGCCAGGGCAGGGCGGCAAUCAAGCAACAAAACUACAGGGUAGUAAUUAGUCUUAGUCUUAGCGUAACGCCUGUAUAUAACUAUGUAUGUAUAUUUCGAUUACAACUACUUUUAUUAUAGCCACAUCGAUAGCGAUGUCGAUUGCCAACAAAUGUCGGAAAACGUUCAGAGUUGCUUUCCAGAAAUAAAGAAUUCCUAUUAAGUUUAUUGAAAUCC